GUUAGCCAUUCUGAGUAGAACUCAAGCAACUCACUCUUCUUUAAACGCCUUGGGGAAAAAAAAGAAGAAGAGCUAAGCUACUCGUUUCUUUCGCUCUCUGUUUUUCCUCUGUUUUUCUUUUACCCAUGAAAACAUGUUACUUCCUCUAUACCAGCAGCCUUUUACUCUCCCACCGAAAACCCUGAGUCCGCACUCUUUACCCGCCAAAAUCCUCGCCUCCCAAUAUCCUAAAACCCCCAAAAAACCCCGCAAAGAAAUUUUCCUUAUCCGGAGCUCCAUACAGCGAACCGGAAAUCAAACCCUUCCUCAAUCCGCCAUCCAACGUAUUGCUGACAAGCUUCGGUCCCUUGGAUUCUCCGAAACGCAAAACCCGGAACCUGAAUCUGAACCUGGGUCCGGGUCUGAUUCCCCUGGAGAAAUCUUUGUCCCUUUACCGGAGAAAAUACCCAAAUACCGGGUUGGUCAUACUAUUGACACCAGUUGGAGCACACCGGAGAACCCGGUGCCGGACCCAGGCUCGGCUCCGGGGAGCUUGAUGACGAGGUUUAGGGAUAUGAAGAGGGAGAGGAGGAAAGUGGGGAGGGUGAAGGAUGAGGAGAGGGCGGUUCCAAGUUUGGCAGAGCUGAAGCUGUCGGCGGCGGAGCUGAGGCGGUUGAGGACUGUGGGGAUUGGUGAGAAAAGGAAGUUAAAGCUUGGGAAAGCCGGAAUUACGGAAGGGAUUGUGAAUGGGAUUCAUGAAAGGUGGAGAAGGAGUGAGGUGGUUAAGAUUGUUUGUGAGGAUAUUUGUAAAAUGAAUAUGAAGAGGACUCAUGAGGUUUUGGAGAGAAAGACUGGAGGGUUGGUUGUUUGGAGAUCUGGAAGUAAAAUAAUAUUGUAUAGAGGAGCUAAUUACAGAUAUCCUUAUUUCCUGGCUGAUAAAAUCGCAACAGAUGACACUUCUUCCAAUGCUUCACCAGAUACAAACAUGGAUAACGUGGAACUCCAUGAAACAGAAAGCUGCUCAUCUGAAAUCAAUAGUGCAAAAACUGCUAUACCAAAUGCAACCAACAAAAUGACUAAACCAAUAGUAGUUCAAGGUGUUGGUUCUCCAAGUAGAGUACGAUUUCAACUGCCUGGUGAGGCAGAACUUGUUGAAGAAGCUGACCGCUUGUUAGAUGGACUGGGUCCAAGGUUUACAGACUGGUGGGGUUAUGAGCCUCUUCCAGUUGACGGUGAUCUUCUACCUGCAAUUAUUCCUGGAUACAGGAGACCUUUCCGCCUUCUUCCUUAUGGUGUGAAGCCAAUCCUGACAAAUGAUGAAAUGACCACUUUGAGAAGGCUUGGCCGACCCUUACCCUGUCAUUUUGUGUUAGGAAGAAAUAGAAAACUUCAGGGAUUGGCUGCGUCAAUUGUCAAGCUCUGGGAAAAAUGUGAGAUCACUAAAGUUGCCAUUAAGAGAGGAGUACAGAACACUAAUAGUGAAUUGAUGGCAGAGGAGUUAAAGUGGCUGACUGGAGGCACUUUGCUCGCACGUGAUAAGGACUUCAUUGUCUUAUAUAGGGGAAAGGAUUUCCUACCUUCUGCUGUUUCUUCUGCAAUAGAAGAGCGGAGAAGGCAUGUAAUUCAUGUGGAGAAACAGGGUGCAGAAUGUAGUAAAUCAAAGAAAACUGCACAGGAGGUCAUUGUUGAGGAUACUAAAAGUGGCUCUGAAAGUAAAAUUAAUAGUGCCAAGGAUCAAAGAAGCAAUUUCUUUGUUGACCCAAAAAACAUGAAGUCUGCUGAAGCAGCCAUUAGAAAGACUGACGUGAAGUUAUCUAUGGCAUUAGAGAAGAAAGCAAAGGCAGAAAAACUUCUAGCGGAGCUGGAGCAGGCACAGAUCCCUCAACAAUAUGAAAUUGAUAAAGAGGGUAUAACUCAAGAAGAAAGAUAUAUGCUUAGGAAGGUUGGCUUGAGAAUGAAGCCCUUCCUCCUAUUGGGUAGACGGGGUGUAUUUGAUGGAACAGUUGAAAACAUGCAUCUUCAUUGGAAGUACAGGGAACUAGUGAAGAUAAUUUCUAAGGAGACAAAUGUUGAAGCUGUUCAUCAACUAGCGCGGAUGUUAGAGGCAGAAAGUGGUGGGAUAUUGAUGGCUGUGGAGAGAGUAAGUAAGGGUUAUGCAAUCAUUGUUUAUCGUGGAAAGAACUAUGAGCGGCCUACUUGUCUGAGACCUCAGACACUUCUUACUAAGAGACAGGCAAUGAAGCGCUCUUUAGAGGAACAGCGUCGUAAGUCUUUGAAACUACAUAUUUUGAAGCUUACCAGAAACAUAGAUGAAUUGAAACACCAACUGGUUGUAGACAAGGAGGCAAACAGCAUGCAAACUGUUGAGCAAUCAAGUUUGCCAUUGGUCCAAGAGGAAAUGGAAACUUUGCAGUCAGUUGAAUACACAGGAUCAGUUAUUGAAUGUCCUGCAUCUCCGGGAGGGCAUGUAAAGGCUAGAGACAAAGAUGGAUCUGAGUCAACUUCCAUGAAAAAUGAUAAAAUGGUUGCGGCAAUAGGUAUUCGCCAACCCUCUAAACAAGAGCUGAUGGAGCCAUCAUCAAUACAUGAUGGGUUUGAGAAUCAUAAAACGGAAUCUGAGUUUUCAGCAGAAUCUGUGAACAGACAAAGUCAUGCAACUGAACUGAGGGCUUUGAAUGCUCAAGUUGAAAUGGUUGACACAUCUUACCCUGAUAACUUAAUGGAAGAAAUAGACUAUUCUGGUGCUAUUAAUGCUAAGCAUGGUGCUUCCAAGAAUGGGCCAAUGGAAUCAUUGGUUGAAUCAGCCAGCAUGUUGGAUGUUUCAAUUUCAUCAGCAGUUGAAAAUAUGUCAAAUAAGAUGGGUUCAACAGCAAACUUCCUUUCUAACAAAGACAGACUUCUCUUACGAAAGCAAGCUCUUAAGAUGAAGAAACGUCCUGUACUUGCAGUUGGGAGGAGCAACAUUGUGACUGGUGUUGCAAAAGCAAUCAAGGCACACUUUCGGAAGCAUCCUCUAGCUAUAGUAAAUGUGAAAGGGAGGGCUAAAGGGACUUCUGUGCAGGAGGUGGUGCUAAAGCUGCAGGAAGCCACAGGUGCAUUUCUAGUUUCUCAGGAACCUAGCAAAGUCAUACUGUAUAGAGGUUGGGGUGCUGGAGAUGAACUAGGCCGAGGUGAUAAUACGAAUGCAAAAGAUUUGUUGGCUCAGAAUCAGCCAGCUGUGUCCCCUGAGCUUAUUGCAGCAAUCAGACUUGAAUGUGGCUUGCAACUUCACCAAGAGCAAGAGGCAACUUGAUUUGCUGGAAUUUUGAGGUUUAAAAUGCAGGUGGUUCUCGGAGUACCAUGCCGAUAUAUACAUAAUUCUUCCAACUGCAAUGUAAGGACACUUGUCUGUAUCAAGUUGUCUAGAUGCUCCUCUCUUCAUUCUUCAGUUGUGUUCAUCGAGGAACAGAACUGCGAGAUUACAUCUUCAAAUAAGUCAGUGCGUUCCCACUGCUUUCAAACCUGUCACCUGUCACUUACAUAACAGAAGUAAAUGCCUUGUUGACAUAUCUCUCUCAAUGCUCCAACAUUAGGGAUCUUUUCUAUGCCCCAUUGUCCAUAAAGUCAAUAACGGAUACGGUUGAUACUUAUUCUUGUGCCGUGAAUUAGUCUUGUUUCCACCCUGUGUAGUCCAAGGCUUUGUCAAAUUCGUUUAUUUGUAACUAUUAUUUUCAGAAAAUGAGAAAAAACCCUUGCUAAGUGUUUCACCUUGAAGCAUGGUCUCGUGACUCGAUUCUUGUUAAGUGUUAAAUGAGCAGGCUGUUCAAUAUUGAAUAUGAU